UGCAACCCUCUCGGCCUCCACCAAUAGAAAUAUGGGUUCGGUUCAACACCCAUUUUCUGAAGUCCUGCUAUAAAAUGGUCCUGUCAAAUCCUUCUGUAUUUAUUAUUGCAAGACUCCUUAAUCUACCCUCAAGCUGAAUUUGGAAAAUUGAAGAGUGAGCUGAUCAUGAGUGCCAGGAAUGAUGCCAAGUCGAAUUUGGUUCAGAUGAAUGAGAAUGCCAAUGGCAAAAACCUGAAUGGGAAUGGAGCCAACAGGAAGGCCAUUCACCAUGCCGGCGUCAGUGGGAAUUCUUCUCCUGUCAAAGACAAGCGCUGCAGGAAGACAUGGCAAGUGAAGCCUUCCUUGAUGGCUAACAACACCCUGAAUCCCAUAAGGGCCAUCGUCGAUGGGAUGAAGCUCUCCCCACACCCGGAUAAAGCCAUGAUCAGCCUUUCGAUUGGGGAUCCUACCGUCUUUGGAAACCUUCCAACAGAUGAUGCGGUGCUUCAAGCCAUGAAAGAUGCAAUCAAUUCGCACCAAUACAAUGGCUAUGCUCCUUCUGUUGGUUACUUAAAGAGCCGACAGGUGGUAGCCAACUAUUACAGCUGCUCUGAGGCUCCUCUUGAAGCAGAGGAUGUGAUUUUGACUAGUGGCUGUAGUCAGGCCAUUGACUUGGCUAUCAGUGUCCUGUGUAAUCCUGGGGACAACAUCCUGGUUCCACGUCCAGGCUUCUCAUUAUAUAAGACUCUGGCGUUAUCCUUUGGCAUUGAGGUCAAAUUCUACAACCUGCUGCCAGAGAAGUCAUGGGAGGUGGAUCUGCAACAUUUGGAGAGCCAGGUUGAUGACAGGACAUCCCUUCUAAUUGUUACCAAUCCAUCCAACCCAUGUGGCUCUGUUUUCACCAAGGAACACCUACAAAAGAUUCUCACAGUGGCUUCCAGAAACUGUCUGCCCAUCCUGGCAGAUGAAGUCUACAGCAACAUGGUUUUCCCAGGUUGUGAAAGCCCCUCCCUGGCAUCUCUCAGCAGUGACGUGCCAAUCAUGUCCUGUUGCGGCCUUGCUAAGCGCUGGCUAGUCCCCGGUUGGAGGAUGGGAUGGAUCCUCAUCCACGACAGGAACAACAUCUUCGGAUCUGAGAUUCGACAAGGCCUUGUCAAGCUUUGCCAACGUAUUCUUGGACCGUGCACCAUUGUCCAGGGCGCAUUGGAGGGAAUCUUCAACAACACACCUCAAGGUUUCUACGAUGAUACCAUUCAUUUCAUCAAGUCCAACGCUGAGAUUUGUUUCAAUGAGCUGUCCACUGUACCUGGCUUGAAGCCCAUCCUGCCCUCAGGAGCCAUGUACUUGAUGAUUGGAAUCGACAUAGAGCGCUUCCCAGAUUUUCAGAGUGAUGUUGACUUUACUGAACGACUGGUGACCGAGCAGUCAGUUUUCUGUCUGCCUGCAACAGCUUUUGAGUAUCCCAACUUCUUCCGCAUUGUGGUGACAGUUCCAGAGCAGAUGAUGUUGGAAGCAUGUGGUCGGAUCAGGGAGUUUUGCCAGCGCCACUAUCGGCCAGGCAGACGUGACAAAAACGACCUGGAUCAGUGAUGCAGAAGACUCCAACUCAUGUGACGGUGUUCAAAUUCAAAUUUAGCGCACAUACUGAGCAGGAAUUUACAUUGACCAAUUUUAUAUGCAGAUCUGAGAUGUACGAAUCAGGUGCUGUUUGAUGUCACCGCAUUUUCAACUGUCCUCUAAUUUGUCUUUUGAAUAGUCUUUUAUUUAUAUUAUGUAUGCAUCUGAUGCUAACCUC